GGACUUCUCGGUGUCUGCCAUUCUCCAAUUCUGCCACCUCGGCUUCUCCUCCAACACGUUCGGGGGUUUAGUGAUCUUGAAUCUCGAAGCGAACUGCAGAUUGCUUCUCCCGUCACUCUCUGAGAAUUUGUGCUGUCGGGCCUAAAGUUUCCUCCUCUUCUUGAUUUUUCUUCUGCUUCGGCGGAGAAGUUCAGACUCCAUCCCUGAAUUCCGAGGAUGUUUCAAUCACUGGCGUGGUCUGACCUUCAUGUGUGCAGAUUUUUCUCAUGUGCAUUAUGAAGUGGAUUGUCGGGGCCUGGAGUGAAUCUUCCUUGUGACCGAGCGGUUCCUUUCGUCGCCUGCAUAGAAUUUCAGAGUGCUGUAGGCCAGAAGUUCACUAACCUGCGCAGGGGCUUUAUGCGUUUAGGUUUUGGGAUUGUUUCAGAGCUUCAAUCCGCAAACGGGUUUGAGUGACGACGAACGAUGACGAGCCGGGGGAAGAGGCCGGUGGAGGUGGAGGAUGAGAGUGAUGAUGAAGAUGCGAGAGAUGACCGAAAUGAGUUGCCUCGAGAAGCGCCCAAAGCGCAGGCGAAGGCUGCAUUGGGGUUCAAGAAGAAGCUAAAGCCUGAUAAUGUGAUUCUCGCCUCCAUUCGAGAAUUUUCGGAGGCUUCGAAGAAAGCGACGGUUGAGACGAGGACUUUGGCGGAGCUGAAUCUUUCUCACGCUUGCAAGGAAGUCGUUGAUCUCAGUACAACGGAUGUUCUUUCCGAGAUUGAGAAGACUAUUCUGCACAUCGCGCAAUCUAUUCUCAAUGGGAAGGGGUUUGGUUACAAUAUCCCUGCAAGAAGCAGUGCGAAUCAGCUCUAUGUCCCAGAGUUGGAUCGCAUUGUGCUCAAGGACAAGGCCACCUUUCGUCCUUUCGCCAACAUGUCCAGUGUGCGGAAGACCGCCAUCACCACCCGCAUUUUGCAGCUGGUGCACCAGCUUUGUCAAAAGCGAAUUCAUGUGACCAAGCGAGACCUGUUUUAUACGGAUGUGAAACUGUUCGUGGAGCAGACUCAAUCUGACAGCGUCUUGGAUGAUGUGUCUUGUAUGCUGGGUUGUACUCGGUCCAGCUUGAAUGUGGUAGCAUCGGAGAAAGGCGUAGUUGUAGGAAGGCUGAUUUUUGUGGAAGACGGAGAUACUAUUGACUGCACGAAGAUGGGUGUGGGUGGCAAAGCGAUCCCUCCAAACAUCGACAAAGUUAAAGACUUUGUGAGCGAUGCCCUUUUCAUUCUUCUAGUUGAAAAAGAUGCUGCCUUUAUGCGUCUAGCCGAAGAUAGGUUUUAUAAUCGCUUUCCCUGCGUAAUUAUUACAGCAAAGGGACAGCCCGAUGUUGCUACUCGUCUUUUUCUCAAGAAAAUGAAGACGGACUUGAAAAUUCCUGUGUUAGGUCUGGUUGACAGUGAUCCAUAUGGACUUAAAAUUCUAUCAGUCUAUCUGAGCGGCUCGAAGAACAUGUCUUAUGACAGCUCAAAUCUGACCACCCCAGACAUCAAAUGGCUAGGAGUUCGGCCCACCGAUCUGGACAAGUACAAGAUUCCCGAGCAGUGCCGAUUGCCGAUGACAGAGCAGGAUAUAAAGACAGGGAAAGAUUUACUAGAAGAGGAUUUUAUCAAGAAAGAUCCGAACUGGAUUAAGGAACUUGAAUUGAUGGUGAAAACGAAGGAGAAGGCUGAGAUUCAAGCGUUGAGUAGUUUCGGAUUUCAGUACCUUUCCGAAGUGUACCUGCCUCUAAAGAUUCAACAAAGAGACUGGAUUUAGCCUCUUACUUUUACGGGUUAAAUUCCUGUGUGGAGGUUGACAGCUGAACGCGCUUUCCGGUUCCUUUACUCCAGUGCAUGGAGAGAAGUUUAUGUCAUGGAUGUUCAGUAUUUCUCUUAUGUUGGGGGAAAGACAGGUAUAGGUCUACAGCCAUCCAUUCAGAUAACCAUCAUCAGCUCACGUAACGAACAGGAGAGAAAUCUGUGUUGAAGGUAGUCGCAGUCCCUUCACUUACUUUGUGGGCUUGCCGUACUUCGUGUUCUCGACUUUCCUUGUCAUUACCAUUGUGAACAGUGUAUAAUGUUUUGUUCUGAUGGUCCCUUGCCAGGGGGUUCUGAAAACAGUCAAACCCUGUCAAUUGCAGUCGACAUCUCGUCCCGAAUAGAGGGCGGGAGUUUUUGGCUUCUAGACCUGUCUCAUAACCUGAUGUUCUAAUAUGGAUUAUCUCAUGCAGUUUUUGAACCUCUGCAAUGAAGUCUACAUGAUCAAACAUGUGAUUGUCUCCAACUUUGGCUCCUCAUUUAUUUUGAUAUUUAAGUGACUCACGGAGGAUAGGAAGACAGCGUUUCUCCAUAUGGAGAUACGUAAAGCAUGUCCCUCAGACUAGGCUCUGAAGAGCUCAAUUCGUUAUCUCAGGCUGUUUUACUACGCUGAACUAAGUUGAUCAACUACAGAAAUCACUUUCUAUUGAAUUGCUAUUGUCAGCUCAAACUCAUGCAUCUCUGCUCUUGUCGGAGGAGACAAUAAUCUUCACAUUCGAAACAGAGAACAAUAUUCCUGCAAGAGGAACGAAGCUUUCAAUGGAUUAUCCCUGUGCCGUCACUAUCAGCGAACCCUUCCACGUUUCUUCUCAUGUAGUCCUUUGUUUUAGAUGAUUUAAGCCGUAGAGAGUACACACGCGUAUGUUGCUUCCGCGACUUCAGGAACGUCCCAUCUUCACCAUCUACCUACACUUGAAGACGUAAGGGUUCUAGAUGCAGAAGAGGACGGAGGAUGCGAAGCACAUCAUCUAUGGUUCUGGACACAAAAUUAUGUCUGAAGUUCUAGUCUUCUUCGUCAAUUGACACGUGUAAAUUUGUAAGAAGACUUUGAUCAGGACUAUCAAAACUAAUCGAAAAUCACUGUACGAUGAAAUCACUUCACAUCUCUCGUCAGCCUAAAACAGAACCAUAGGUCUAAACUAUCAACCAGGCCCAUGGGAUAUGUACGAACGGCUUAUUGUAUACAUGAUACAAAAAGGGUACCAAAUCAUACAACUUGAGGAAAAACCAGCUUCUCAGCUUGAAUGGGUCAAACAUUUAGAGACAAGUAGAUGCGCUUGCAGACGGCGUACUAAUUCUUUAAGCCCAAACGCAAGUGAGGCGUGCCCACGGAUAACAUGAAUCCAAAUGAGGCUACAGGAA